AUGGCCAACUCCAUCAGCGGCUCUUCUGCCGACAAGUUUGAGCUGGAUCCGCUAUGGCAGAAUCUUGAUUGGGCGAUAGGGCAGAUGUUGCUCAUGGGUUGGGAUGGCACCCAAGUCACGCCCCAAAUCAGAAGCCUCAUUGAGGAUCACCAUCUCGGCUCCAUCAUUCUGACGGCCAAGAACCUGAAAUCGGCGCAUCACACUGCAAUGCUCGUUCAAGAGCUUCAGAUGAUUGCCAAGAACUCCGGUCAUCCACAGCCGCUUCUCAUUGCCGUAGAUCAAGAAAAUGGCGGCGUCAACAGUCUGUUCGACGAGGACUAUGUCUGCCAGUUCCCCAGCGCCAUGGCCAUUGCAGCCACUGGCAGCCUUGAGUUGUCAUAUGAAGUCAACAAGGCAACUGCUACCGAAAUCGCAGCCUGUGGUGUCAACCUCAUGCUGGGCCCGGUUUUGGACGUUCUUAACAAUGCGCGCUAUCAAGUCAUUGGAGUGCGAGCCUCUGGUGAUGACCCCCAAGAAGUAUCCCAGUAUGGACUGGCAGCUUUGAGUGGAAUCCGUGACGCUGGCGUGGCCUCUUGUGGAAAACACUUCCCAUCCUAUGGAAACCUCGACUUUCUUGGCUCCAAUCUUGAUGUCCCCAUCAUUACUCAGACACUAGAAGAGCUGAGCCUCAGCGCUUUGGUGCCCUUUCGAAACGCCAUCUCCUCCGGAAAGCUCGACGGCAUGUUCAUUGGCGGAUGUGGCAUCUCCAACCCCUCCAUGAAUGUCAGCCAUGCUUGUCUGUCCGAUCAGGUUGUCGACGACCUUCUCCGAAACGAACUUGGGUUCAAAGGCGUUGCCAUCUCAGAAUGCCUUGAAAUGGAAGCUCUGAGCCAAGAUCUCGGAGUCCAGAACGGUGUUGUCAUGGCCGUAGAGGCGGGAUGCGAUAUUGUGCUGCUCUGCCGAGCCUACGACGUUCAGUUGGAAGCUAUCAAAGGCCUCAAGCUGGGCUACGAGAACGGCAUUAUUACAAAGGAGAGGAUCUUUACCUCCCUAAGAAGAAUCUUUCAUCUAAAGUCGACCUGCACUUCUUGGGCGAAAGCACUAAACCCUCCGGGCAUCAAUCUACUCUCACAGAUUCGUCCCUCUCAUCUUGCCUUAUCUCGGCGAGCUUACGAUGAUUCCAUCACCAUUGUACGAGACAAGGAGAAGCUGCUGCCCCUUUCUCUCUCAAUGCAUCCCGGCGAGGAGCUCCUGUUGCUGACCCCCUUGGUCAAGCCGUUGCCUGCCUCAUCCCUGACCAAAAGCUUGCUCGAGUCAAAGAACGAUGCAUCUAUGAUCACCACCAUGCACGACAGAUGGAGUCAUCAAAUUCGAGAAAGAAGCGCCAUAAUGAGCGGAGAAGGAGUCUUUCGAGAAUUUGGCAAAACGCUUGCGAGAUAUCGCAAUGAGAAGCUUUUGCACACAAGUUACACAGCUAACGGAGUGAGACCUGUACACGAGAACCUUAUCAACAGAGCAUCUUGUAUCAUCAUUUUUACGGCAGAUGCGAACAGAAAUCUCUAUCAGGCUGGAUUUACCAAACAUGUUGACAUGAUGUGCUCCAUGCUUCGUAGCAGAGGGCAAAAGAAGCAGCUCAUUGUCGUUGCCGUGAGCUCUCCAUACGACUUCGCCAUGGACAAAUCCAUAGGCACUUACAUUUGCACAUACGACUUUACGGAGAAUGCCAUGGCUGCCCUCGUCCGAGCGCUGGUUGGAGACAGCAACCCGGUUGGCACCAUGCCGGGAACCCUCCGAAAGAGCAAGAAAGUCCUCAAGUCUCGACAGCAUUGGCUGGUGGAAGAGUUUGAUAGCAAUCGGGAUCGAAAAGGCCUCAACGACCUUAUUCGGGCGGUGCACAGGGCUAGCGACCAGGACUUCCGGUACCUGCAGACGACAACCUCGGAUACCUUUGUCCUUGACAACCCAAACGUAAAAGAGACCCAUUUCGUGGUGCGAAACAGUAGCACACAGGCCCUUUACGGCUUCGUUGCUACAUAUUUCAUCCAAAACGUUGGCAUCCUUGGAGCCCUCAUUGUGGACCCAACUAAACGGAACCUGUCGAUUGGACGGUCUCUCCAUCGCCGAGCACUGAAGAGCUUAACGCAGCAGAGAGGCAUCAAGAAAGUCCAGCUAGGAUCAAGCUUCCCUGCUCUAUUUCUGGGAAUCCCUCUCGAUAUCGAAGUGACGACGACAAAGGAAUGGUUCAGCAACAGCGGGUGGGACACUCAGUUCCCACGAAGACUCACAAACAUGGUUAUCCAAGAUUUAAGUGCGUGGUAUGCUCCCGAGGGGCUCUCGCAAAGCAUCCAGCGAGCCAACAUUAGCUUUGACCUGAUCUACGGCCUUGAAAGCGGAGACACGGUAAUGCAUCAUGUACGAACCCAUGCAAACCCGGAAGUUCUCGAACUCUACCGAACCGCGUUGGAAGAGAGCAAGGCAUGUGGCAUUGUGCGAGCCAAGGAUGCAGCAGGAAAUCUGCUAGGGACCAUCAUCAUUUGCAGGCCAAACAGCCCUCUCGCCAGAUAUGUUCCCCCGUUGGUGUCUCUCGGUCAAGACAUUGGCGGUCUCCUGGCCCCAAUUGUUCCUCCUGCUCCUCUUUCGACUUUGGUGCUACAGGGCCUUGCUUUGAUGGGCCUUCGGCAGAACAAGGGCCACAAAGCAAACAAGUCGGUGUUGAGCUGGGUUGUUGAUGACGCUUUUGAGCCGCUUGUGGCCAUGGGAUUCGAUAUUUUGCAGACGUUCGAGGAGAUAACCAAUUCCCCCGAAAUGUUUCAAACUUGA